AUAAAAUCUCCCAGCUCCCAAAAGAAUGAUUACAUUCAUCUGACAAUUAGUAAGGGUGGUAUUAUGUUGAGAGAAUAGCUUGUGGAUUGUCUAAAAGCCUCAUACUGGAUUCUCUGAAGGAACGUAGCGUCUGAGUUCAUUCACCAUGGGGAGAGAGGAUGGGGACAUGCCAGACUCUCUACCAACCAUCCCUGAGGAGGUAUUUGCAAAAGGCUACCCUAACCUGGCCUUCCAUGAGGAUAAGAAGCCUCAGGAGCGGAUGACAGAGGGGCAGCCAACCGUUGACACGGAGCGCAAGCCAAAGAAGGGCCUCGGAAGGAAGAAAAAAGAACCAGCCAAAGCAGUGGGAUUUUUCCAGUUGUUCCGCUACGCUACUGGUUGUGAGGUGCUCCUGAUGAUAAUCGGCCUGCUAUGUGCUGCCCUCCACGGGAUAGCCCUGCCCCUUAUGUGUGUUGUGUUUGGACAGAUGACCGACAGCUUUGUACAAAGUGGACAGCAGCUCAACCUUACAGCCAAUUUCACUGUGGAGGAGAUCAGCGCUUUAUUGAACUCAACUGACGGAUGUAUUCAAAUUCCUGGAGUUGAUAUAGAGGCUCUAAUGACUCGACAUGCCUAUUACUUCGUUGGGAUCGGUUGUGCUGUGUUCCUGCUGGGGACCUUUCAGGUGAUGUUGUUCUUGUUGACAGCCACCAAACAGACCAAACGGAUCCGGGAGAAAUACUUCCAUGCCAUCCUCCACCAACAGAUGUCCUGGUUUGAUACACACCAGAUAGGAGUUCUCAACGUCAGGUUAACAGAUGACAUCAACACAAUCAACGAAGGCCUUGGAGACAAGAUCUGUGUGUUCGUGCAGUUCUUCUGCACCUUCUUGUCAGGGUUCAUCAUUGGUUUCAUCUUCGGCUGGAAGCUAACCCUCGUCAUCCUGGCCGUCAGUCCUCUCCUGGCAGGAUCAGCUGCCGUCUGGUCCAAAAUACUUGCCACCCUGACCAGUAAGGAGCUGUCUGCCUAUGCCAAAGCAGGGGCGGUAGCUGAAGAGAUACUGGUGGCUAUCAGGACAGUUGUGGCUUUCAAUGGACAGAAGAAAGCUGUGGAAAGGUAUGAAAGAAACUUGGAGGAUGCUAAAAACUUUGGAAUAAAGAAAGCCAUCACCACUAACGUGUCCAUGGGCUUCACCCAGUUUGUCAUAUUUGGGACGUACGCCUUGGCUUUCUGGUACGGGACCAAGCUCUCUGUAGACGAGCCUGAAAACUACACCAUUGGAAAAACCAUUACAGUCUUCUUCUCUGUGAUGAUUGGGGCGUUCUCUUUGGGCCAGGGUGCGCCUAACUUGGAAGCCAUCGCCAAAGCCCGGGGUGCUGCCUAUGAAGUCUACAAUACCAUUGACCAGCCGCGGCCCAUAGACAGCAGUUCAAAGGAAGGUCACAAACCAGACUGUGUGAAAGGAGACAUUGAAUUCAAGAACAUCCACUUCAGCUACCCCUCCAGGAAAGACGUCAAAAUUCUUCAAGGAGUGAAUCUGACAGUGCCUCGUGGGAAGACCAUAGCUCUGGUUGGAGCCAGUGGAUGUGGGAAGAGCACCACCAUUCAGCUACUGCAGCGCUUUUAUGAUCCAGACUCAGGAGAGAUUACCCUGGAUGGUCGGGACAUCCGGACCCUGAAUGUGAAGUGGCUGAGGGAGAAUAUGGGUAUCGUCAGUCAGGAACCUGUGCUAUUCGGAACAACCAUUGCAGAAAACAUCCGCUAUGGCAGAGAGGAUGCCACAGAUGAGGACAUCGAACGGGCUGUGAGAGAGGCCAACGCGUACGACUUCAUCUCCAAACUCCCCGAUAAGCUGAACACCAUGGUGGGGGAGCGGGGAGCCCAGCUCAGUGGAGGACAGAAGCAGAGGAUAGCUAUCGCCCGGGCCCUGGUCAAAAACCCGAAGAUCCUCCUGCUGGACGAGGCCACCUCCGCCCUGGACACCCAGAGUGAGUCGGUCGUUCAGGCCGCUCUGGAUAAGGCCAGAGCGGGCCGCACCACAAUAGUGAUCGCCCACCGCCUGUCCACCAUCAGAACUGCUGACGUGAUCGCUGGCUUCAGCAACGGAGAGGUGGUGGAGCAGGGAACACACAGGGAACUCAUGGCCAAGAAGGGGGUUUACUACUCUCUGGUCAUGCAGCAGAGUCAAGGGAAGCCAGAGGAAGAUGAAGAGGACCCUGUGGAAGAGGAUAACCCUCCUAAAUAUGAGGAUCUGGAUUAUGUCCUAUAUGACUCAUCUGACAUGGAUGAGCUGGAAGUGGGAAACGAGGAAGGAAUAGAAAACGGCGGCUUUGAAAAGAACUCAAUCAGCAGUGGCCGUGUGGAAAUGAAACCGACCAGGAGGAAAUCUAAGAAGUCCAAGAAGGACAAGAAGAAGGAAAAGAAACCAGAUGAAGCUCCAGACAUCCCCUUCACCAGAAUCCUGGCCUUGAACAAGCCCGAGUGGCCGUACAUGUUGGUAGGAACCCUGUCUAGCUUGGUGGGGGGAGCCGUUUAUCCCUGUGUCGCCAUCAUCUUCGCCAAGAUCAUUGGAGUGUUUUCCGAGGUUGACCCGGAAGUCAAACGACAGAAAACCAUGAUGUUUUCCCUGCUCUUCCUUCUCAUCGGAGGAGUGGCUUUUGUCACCUACUUCCUAAAGGGUUACAUGUUUGGAAAAUCAGGAGAGCUUCUUACCAUGAGGCUGAGGAGGCAGGUAUUCCAUGCCAUGAUGAGACAGGAGAUUGGAUGGUUUGAUGACAACAACAAUGCAGUGGGAGUUCUAACCACCAGAUUGGCCACAGAUGCAUCUCUGGUUAAAGGGGCGACUGGGUCUAGGUUGGGUCUGGCCACCAACACAGUCUGUGCUCUCACCAUCGCCAUUGUGGUGGCCUUUAUCCACAGCUGGCAGCUCACCCUCCUCAUCCUCGCCUGUGUGCCCUUCCUCAUUGGAGCCAACUUCAUUCAGAUGAGGGCAAUGGCAGGCCACGCCUCCAAAGACCAGGGUGCCCUGGAGCAGUCUGGGAAGAUAUCUACAGAGACCGUUGAAAACUUCAAGACAGUUGUUGGAUUGACACGGGAGGACGUCUUCUUUCACAAGUUCAUGGACAGUCUAGAAAGACCAUACCAGAACGGUUUGGUGAAGGCUCCCAUCUACGGACUAACAUUUGCCGUUGCCCAAGCAAUCCCUUACAUGGUCAAUGCUGCAAUCUUCCGCUUCGGGUCCUGGCUUAUUGCUCACUGUCACACAGAAUAUGAAAAUGUUUUCCUUGUGUUUUCUGUGAUCAUAUUUGCUGCCAUGAACAUAGGAGAAUCAGCAUCUUUUGCUCCUGACUUUGCCAAAGCGAAAGCAGCUGCGGGGAGAAUUCUUGGCUUGUUGGAGAAGAAACCAGAGAUUGACAUUUACAGUGAGGAGGGAGAGAAGCCAACGGACUUUGUCGGGGACAUUGAGUUCCGAGGGAUCCACUUUGCGUACCCGACCCGUCAGAACGUGAGGGUUCUCCAGGGGUUGAACGUGUCAGUGGGGCCUGGUCAGACCCUGGCCCUGGUCGGGGAGAGUGGCUGUGGUAAAAGCACCUCCAUACAACUACUGGAGCGCUUCUAUAGCCCUGCUGAAGGACAAGUGUUAGUGGAUGGGUUGGAUACUAAGACCCUGAACCUGUCGUGGCUGAGGUCUCAGCUGGGCCUGGUGUCCCAGGAGCCCAUCCUGUUCGACUGCAGCAUCUCAGAGAACAUCCAGUAUGGGGACAACAGCAGAGAGGUCUCUCAGGAUGAGAUAGAGGAGGCAGCCAAGAACGCCAACAUCCAUGACUUCAUCAUGGGCCUGCCAGAGAAAUACAAUACCAGGGUUGGGGACAAGGGGACCCAGAUGUCUGGAGGUCAGAAACAGAGGAUAGCCAUCGCCAGAGCACUGGUCAGGCAGCCUAAAGUACUGCUGCUGGAUGAAGCCACUUCCGCCCUGGACACAGAGAGUGAGAAGAUUGUCCAACAUGCUUUAGACGCCGCCCGGCAGGGCCGCACCUGCAUCGUGAUCGCCCACCGCCUGUCUACCAUCCAGAACGCAGACCAGAUAGCGGUAAUUCAGUAUGGUCAGGUGACAGAGCAGGGUACACAUACUGACCUCAUGGCUAAAGGGGGGGCUUACUAUGCCCUGGUCAACGCACAGGUCAACCACUAACUCAUAUUCAGAUUGAUGUUUUGCAGCGUAUGUACUGUUCUGUUGAAUGUUGUUUUGUGAGCUCUUUUUAUUGAGCUGCACUUCUUAGCCAGGUCCCCCUUGAGAAAGAGGUCUCCUGUCCAUAAUGGGACUUCCUGGUUAAAUGAAGGUUAUUUAUAAAAAUGUAUAAAGAAUAAGGAAUCUAUAUGGACGAUGAUAUGGCAGCCAUAACUCACUUUGAACGGACUGCUAAAAUGAUGUUCAAUUGCAUGAUACAAACUGUCUCAGUGUCAAUUGGUUUGAUCACAUGUAGGUGGUGCACUGAAAUGUAGCCUAUUGGGUUACUGUGCUAUUGGUUACUCACUGUAUUACUCACUUUAGCAGUAAUGCUGGAGCACGGACAUCAGCACAAAUAAGUUUUGAUAAGCUGCCUCGAAUGAAUGAACUGUUCUUGACCAUGGCACCUUUCAUUGUCUGAAGACAACAGGUACAGUAUGUAUUUCUAUAAGAAAAACAGAAAGACACAUUAUCACAGUUAAAUGACUGGAUAAAAGCAGUGACUGGGAAAGGUUGUAUACUUGUAAAUAUGAGAGGUUGAUGUUCAGAAGACUGUUGUAUGUUAUUGUAUACUGUGAUAUUUGUAUUAUUUUAAACAGGGACACUCUCUAUGCUCUAUACUCUUUAUGCUCUAAAAGGCAAAGUAUGCAUUUGAAGAAUAUCUAUAUAUUUAAAUGAGUACACUAUGUAAGGCUGUUACUUGUUUGUAAAUAUGCAUUCAAAUAAAACAUUACAUCCCA